UCCUCGCACACACAUCACAUCCUAUGUACUCGGCUGCUACGUAGCUAUAUAUAGCUGCAGAACAGUUUUAGUUACCGGACUGUAGGCACACCAAGCUAGGGGCCCCCCGGAAACUAGCUAGCUAGGAUGCCAACAGCAGAGGCGACGACGCCCGUGCCGCCGGAGCUGUCCUCCGGGCAAGGGCGGACGGUUUGCGUGACCGGAGCUGGAGGGUUCAUUGCCUCCUGGCUCGUCAAGCGCCUCCUGGAGAAGGGCUACACAGUCCGCGGCACGGUCAGGAACCCUGUGGAUCCAAAGAACGACCACCUGAGGUCCCUUGACGGCGCCGACGACCGCCUCGUCCUCCUCCGCGCCGACCUGCUGGACCCAGAGAGCCUUGCCGAGGCCUUCUCCGGCUGUGACGGCGUCUUCCACGCCGCCUCCCCGGUCACCGAUGACCCUGAGAUGAUGAUCGAGCCAGCGAUCCGGGGCACGCGCUACGUGAUGGCGGCGGCGGCAGACGCCGGAGUGAAGCGCGUCGUGUUCACGUCCUCCAUCGGCACCGUGUACAUGAACCCCUACCGUGACCCCAGCAAGCCUGUGGACGACACCUGCUGGAGCGACCUCGAGUAUUGCAAGAACACCCAGAACUGGUACUGCUACGCCAAGACGGUGGCGGAGCAGGGCGCGUGGGAGGUGGCGCGGAAGCGAGGGCUGGACCUGGUGGUGGUGAACCCGGUGCUGGUGCUGGGCCCGCUGCUGCAGCCGACGGUGAACGCCAGCACGGACCACGUGAUGAAGUACCUGACGGGGUCGGCCACGACCUACGUGAACGCGGCGCAGGCGUACGUGCACGUCAGGGACGUGGCCGAGGCGCACGUCCGGGUGUACGAGGCGCCCCACGCGCACGGCCGCUACAUCUGCGCCGAGAGCACCCUGCACCGCGGCGACCUCUGCCGCGUCCUCGCCAAGCUCUUCCCGGAGUACCCCGUACCCACCAAGUGCAAGGACCAGGUUAACCCUCCGGUGGUAGGAUACAAGUUCACCAACCAGCGCCUCAAGGAUCUGGGGAUGGACUUCGUGCCGGUCCUCCAGUGCCUCUACGAGACGGUCACCAGCCUCCAGGAGAAAGGCAUGCUGCCCGUGCUUCCGACAAAACACGACCAUGCAUGACCAACUCGGCAAAUCAUGAUCAUAUCGAUCCCAUCCUUGACGAUACUAGCUGCUGCUACCACGCAUAUCAUAUCAUAUAUAUACGAUAUAUAUAGUGGAUUCAUAUAAUUGACCUUAUAUAUAUAUAUAUAUAUAUAUAUAUAUAUAUAUAUAUAUAUAUAUAUAUAUAUAUAUAUAUAUAUAUAUAUAUAUAUAUAUAUAUAUAUAUAUAUAUAUAUAUAUAUAUAAUAUGUGUGUGUGUGUGUGUUAUUAGUGUGUACAAUUAAAUGGCAACUCUAAUGGGUGCAUGCAUCUGCAUGCAUGCUUUCCUGACAAGUGCCACACAUGCCUGCAAUGUAUCUCUUUGGACGAAUAUUUAUAUACAAUACUCCGUUGCCAAAUA